AGGGUAUAUCUAUCUAUUUGUAAACGCGUUCAAUAUGACAUUCAGUUCUGGAAGUAUGCCCUCUAUUCUACCAUUCUACAGCUUCACUGAUAUCGUCCAGUACUGAGCUACUUACAUCAAGGAGAAAUGGUUAUGGCCUCGCGUGGAUAGCUGCUACGUUAUCAACGAGGUAUGUAUCUUGAUAUACACUAUCAGCUGCAUUAAAAACACGAAGAACAAACCUCACAAGCUUCAAAAAGCUUUCAAAGAAGGAUAUACUGAAUUUUUCGAUACCAAGCUUCUGUCAAACACUACAAAAUCCACCUGAACCAUUAGCUUUGCGUCUUUCAUGUUCUUCCAUCACGAUGUACAACAAGUACACAAUAAUCUUGUCAAAGCUACUGCAAGUAUCGACAACAGGAGCAAAGGUGAACGUGUAAAUCUACUACAUGAUCGUGCUCGAGCUGAACAUAUCACUCUUGAUGUGAACCGGCUUCACGGGCCUGAUGAUGUCCAAGGCCUCGAUUUACGUCUUGAAUUAGCUGAUAUGGUAGGUAUUCUCUGAUCUCUUCUUUUACUACAAAUUUUGCCUCCCUCAGGAUAUCAAUAAUGACGUAAUUUUAUUCGAGGAUAGCUACCUGGCUUCAUUGACUGGCUAUGACAGUCAUUCGAGUGAAAUAGGUAGAGCACGUCCAGUUCAGCAAGAAUAUCUAUUCGAUCCGCUUAUUGCUAUGGACUGGAGUGCUUCCAGCCACGCUUUUGAUCCCGUAAUAUUAAGUACAGAAAUGCCUCAACAAUUCGAUCAGUCUGUAUCACAACAUUUCGUGCAAGAUAAGCCACCUUCCAAGC